AGCGCGCUGCACGCAUUCACUCAUAAAAACAUGGAAUAUAAACUUAAUUACACCCGAAAAACGUUAUGAGACAUCAUUAUAAAUUAUAAUAAAAAAAAAUAAAAACAACAAAUAUGUUCGCGUCUUUAUAACAGACAGUGCGUUCGAAAAACUUGUGCUGUGUACAAUGUUCAUUAUUUUUAUCGUUUUCUGAAGCCCGCUGUUCAAUCGGUGACUAGCAAAGAUGCGCUGGAUUUUUCCUGUGCCAGUUCUCCUCAUGUCCUGGUUUGGCGUGGACCAAGUAAAAGCAAAUUCCUGCAUACGUACUGCGUUGUGGACUCUUACACUCACCCCUCUUAUUCAGGCCGAAUGCCAAACCAGAACAAUUUACUGCUAUGAGUGCGACAGCUGGACUGACGCGAGGUGCAAGGAUCCCUUCAAUUACACAGCGCUGCCCCGCGACCAACCUCCCCUGCAAACGUGCAACGGAUGCUGUGUUAAGAUGGUUCGGUAUUCCAAAAGUCCGUACGAGGUCGUCCGUCGCACAUGCACAUCGCAGCUACAAAUCAACCUAUUCAUGGUGGACCACGUUUGCAUGAUGGAAAGUACAGGCAAUGGCCACAUGUGUUUCUGUGAAGAAGACAUGUGCAACGCCGCGUCGGCUGUCAUUAAUGCGCUCGCAUUCACGGCACUGGUCUUGCUAGCAUGUGCAUGGAUCAGCUGAAGUAAGGGGCUGCUAGUCGAUCGACUCGAUAAAACGCAUCGAUAUACGCGUUACAUCCCUAUUGUGAUAUUGCUCGUAGUAUAGUCUUGGUGACUGGCUUGCUUCGUUGGUAUUUCGCUGGAAGGCGUAAACGCACAUUCAUGAAUUUAUGAUAUAAAAUUUAUUGGUUUCCCAUUGUUAUUAUUUGUCAACGUAAGUAAUAACAAUCGGAAAUCAAACGCGAUAAAAGUAAAAAACAAAAACAUCCAUCGACAAAUAGCUGUUCACAACAAUAGUUAACGAAUAACCGUUUCGCAAUAACGGUAUGUAAUAUCGGUAUCGAGUCGGUCGACAUCGGUGCAACCCUAGAUUUUAAUUAUUUCGUCCAGAGUAGCUGUAGUGAUGCGAUUGGUUUUCACGCGUUCGGUUUAACAAAAUUCGCAAUGAAUUAAUCGGCUUUACACGCUUCUAUUGAACGAUACGUGGAAAACUAAUCGCUUUUUAAGACACUUCGCCGGCUUUGAUUAGAUAAAACAAAGACAUUUUAAUUGUGAUGAUGGAAAUCGAUCAACAGGCACGUAACACGUGAUUUUUUACGACAGUAUACAUUAUAUGCGUAACGUAUUCAAUUAGUGAAUGCGUCAGUCAAUCGUUAUGACUUACCUCUUUAUUGAGUGGGAACGGAAAUGCAAUAAGCAUAGGCUAUUUGUUUAGGUUAUUUUUCCCCACUUACUUUUAUUUUAAACUCGGCGCUUUUAGGCGUUAUUCGGAUUUACAAUCGAAGUCGAAAUAUCGUGAUUUAGGAUUAUGGUUUAAAUUUCAAAUACACGUCAUAUAGUUUGAAAAUCCUACGAAAAUCUUUGGUAACGGUUAUUUGAAAGUAUUUGUAUGUAGCAAUUGUUUAUUGUGAUAUCAGUAACGUUAUUUAUAUAAUAUACCGACAAAAUAUCGGUAUUUUAAGAGUUUGUUUUAACUCUUGGUAUUCGAAUAAUUAAUAACUAUUUGAUACUUUUAAUUGGCUUGUAUUUGGAAUUAUAUUGUUAAGAACUUUGGUCAGCGUUGACGAGAUAUGUUCGUGUAAAAUAAUAUCGGUGGAUAGCGUUAGUUACUAGUUAGAUUGAGAAUUUUCUAAAUUACCGCGUUUUAG